AUGGAACACCUAGAGUGUGAACACUUCGUCAACAUCGUCCCUUCAAGCGUUACUUGGUUACGUUAUGUGGACGAUGUCCUCGUAAUAACUCCAAAACGUUUUGAUAUACGGGAUCGUCAGCUAUGCAUUCAUCCGUUUAAGAAGACUCAAGGAGCUCUGCAGUGCUCUACGACGAACGUUUCCCAAAGACAACAGGUGAAUAACACCAGCACCGAGGCGGCAGGCAGAGCACAAGUAGGUGGUCGGGUACAGCAAGAACAGAAUGCGGUACAGAAUUCGGGUAACGAAAAACCUCCAUCGUACGAGGCUGCUGUGGUGAAACCUCCCCCGUAUGACCUCCAGUUCCACUUGACGCCCACUCAGCCCUGUAGCCAGACAGGCAUCGACUUCGGAAAGGAACAAUUUAAAAUAGACUCUGCGAAUGUACCCAAACUGGUAACGGAAGGCACGACGGAAAGUGCGCUCAGUAAGGAAGAUGUCUUUCUUCCCUCUUACCAGGACGCCAUCAGACUUUCCUUCAGCAGCGAUAAGGAUCUUAUUGAUAAUCAGGGGAAGGACUGAAGCAGUUGAUCUCACUACCUGUUGUGUUUGGGUUGUUUCACAGCCACGAUACGUGUCUGUACAUAGUCAGCAGUGUCACUCUUGAUCUUAGUCUUUUACGAGUAGGAUUGAAUUCCUGCUACGAAUACCAUGAAAAUGGUUAUACGAGACAACAACUGGAGACAACAAGAAGCGAGGAAGGUUCUUGGUUCCACAUUUUUUGGUACGUCUAUUUGCGUCCUUGGGUUGAAAAAUCACUGAAGUGAAAAACAUCCAAAACAAUAGUGAUUCCUUAAUCUGUUUGAAUAAAACUGUUUUUAUAUUUACAAAUUUUGCUAAAAGUACUAGAAUUAUACUUCUAUAAUGUUGAUGUAAAAUGUAACUGGCAUUUAUAAAGAGAUAGAUACUAAUGGACUUUCUUGGAUGAAAGACGAUGGUGCCUUGUAGCAAGAGAUGUGUGAAAACAAAUUCAUUUGCCCGCAAAAGCCAACACCAGAAAACAAUUUACGCCAAUGGUAAUUAAGCAGUUUAAACAGUUUCUGCCAAUGGCAAAUAAUGAACUUAACUGAGGCCAGGGAGAAUGAAAAUAAGUGAAUACGAGGCAACCAGUCUCAUAAGGAACGUUGCUAGUAAAGCCCAAGACUAAUAUAUGGGCAAUAUAGCCUUACUUCCUAGGGAGUCUAAAAAAAAAUCUAUAGAAACUUGAUUUUCCUAAAUUCACGUUUCUGACAUGUUGGUGUGAUCUACAACAGAGCCGACCAGAAAUCUGCUUUUUGCAAGUGUUGCCGAAUACACUGAGGGCAAAUAUCAAGACAAUAAAUAAACCAGAAUGUGAGUUUAUGUGCCUUAAACAAUAACAGUUGCUAUGGCACUGAGUAGAUUAUCAUCAAUUCCACUUUUAUUAGGCAUUUCCGAUGAAGAAAAUACCACCGCCACCGUGUACCGAAAUCCUGCAUUGUAAAUGUUGUAAUUAAAGUGAUACAAGCGGAUGUGUGACUCCUGAUAUCUGUACCAUAUGUCCUAUGUUACUCUUACUAUAAUCUGGUAUCCCAAAACUUGCCUCUGGUAGAUCUCUCAUUUCCCCCAAUACAGUUUUACCCCUGUACUUCCCCUCUUCCCACACGCACACACACAGCUAAUGGAAUCCUUUGAACUCCACUUCAAUGAUAACCUCCCCUUCCUCAUUCCUACACAAAGAAACCCUUUCAGUCCACUCUAGGGGCAACUACCCCCUCUCACACAAUUCAGCUUCAAAGACUCUCUAGUGAUACAUUUUUGUAUCUCUACAUUUUAGAGUGCUUUGUAAUACUCAGAAUCCACCUGUGCACCUUACCUGGGUCACACCUAGUGUUUGUCACUGUUCUCAUUGACCACUGGUGUACCUAUAUAUUUGAUACUGUCUAUACGAAGAUGAGGGUAACCACCAGUAAAGUGCCUGCGGGUGAGGGUAACCACCAGUAAAGUGCCUGCAGGUGAGGGUAACCACCAGUAAAGUGCCUGCAGGUGAGGGUAACCACCAGUAAAGUGCCUGCAGGUGAGGGUAA